UCCGUCGGCUGCCGGCAUCAGCUGCAGCAGCCGCAGCCACCCUCGCCCGCCCGCCGCCUCUUUCUUCGGCUCAGCCGCCCAACGCUCCGCGCUCAGCCCGAGCCCGGCAGCUGGCAGGCUCGCCCGGCCGGGCAUGGUCCGCGGGGGCUAGCUACUGGGCGCAUGCCGCGCUCCUGCCGCCGCCGGGCACCGUGGAGGUGACACCCAACUUGGCCUUGGCGUUUCGCGCGCGCCCGGAGCCCGCUGUGACCCCCGAGGCGGCCGCGGCGCCCCCGGCUGCCACCAUGGUGGCCAAGGACUAUCCCUUCUACCUCUCGGUCAAGAGGGCGAACUGUGCGCUGGAAGCGCAGACGGCCAGCUGCCCGGCCAAGGACACCGAGGAGCCGAGUAACAAGCGGGUCAAGCCCCUGUCCAGAGUCACGUCGCUGGCAAACCUCAUCCCUCCUGUGAAGGCCACUCCGCUGAAGCGAUUCAGUCAGACCCUGCAGCGUUCGAUCAGCUUCCGCAGCGACAGUCGCCCUGACAUCCUCGCCCCAAGACCCUGGUCCAGAAAUGCGGCUCCAGCAAGCACCAAGCGAAGGGAUAGCAAGCUGUGGAGCGAGACCUUUGAUGUGUGCGUCAACCAAAUGCUUACUUCGAAGGAGAUCAAGCGCCAAGAGGCAAUAUUCGAGCUUUCCCAGGGAGAAGAAGACUUGAUAGAGGACUUGAAAUUAGCAAAAAAGGCUUAUCAUGACCCCAUGCUUAAACUCUCCAUAAUGACAGAACAAGAAUUAAACCAGAUUUUUGGAACCCUGGACUCUCUAAUCCCUCUGCACGAAGAUCUUCUUAGUCAGCUUCGACAAGUCAGGAAGACGGACGGAUCCACUGAGCACGUUGGCCCGAUCCUGGUGGGAUGGCUGCCGUGUCUCAGCUCCUACGACAGCUACUGUAGUAACCAGGUCGCGGCCAAGGCGUUGCUGGAUCACAAGAAGCAGGACCACCGAGUACAGGACUUCCUUCAGCGCUGCUUGGAGUCACCCUUCAGUCGGAAGCUGGACCUCUGGAACUUCCUUGACAUCCCCCGAAGUCGGCUCGUAAAGUACCCCCUGCUGCUCCGGGAAAUACUGAGGCACACUCCAAAUGAUAACCCGGACCAGCAACACCUGGAGGAGGCUAUAAACAUCAUUCAGGGCAUCGUGGCUGAGAUCAACACCAAGACUGGAGAGUCCGAAUGCCGCUAUUACAAGGAGCGCCUGAUCUAUCUGGAAGAGGGCCACAAGGACUCUUUGAUCGACAGCUCCAGGGUACUGUGCUGCCAUGGUGAACUGAAGAACGCCAGGGGUGUGAAGCUACACGUCUUCCUGUUUCAAGAAGUGCUUGUCAUCACGCGGCCUGUCACCCACAAUGAGCAGCUGUGCUACCAGCUCUACCGGCAGCCAAUCCCUGUGAAGGACCUUCUGCUGGAUGACCUACAGGAUGGAGAGGUGCGGCUCGGAGGCUCCAUCCGCGGUGCCUUCACCAACAACGAGAGAAUUAAAAACUUCUUCCGAGUCAGCUUCAGGAGUGGCUCCCAAAGCCAGUCUCACUCCCUGCAGGCCAGCGACACCUUCAACAAGCAGCAGUGGCUCAACUGCAUCCGUCAAGCCAAAGAGACAGCUGUGUGUGCUGAAGGCCAGUCUGGGAUGCUGGGCCCCCAGGAGCCUUCUCCACUGACUGCCCCUCUCAGUGGAGAGACCAAGCUGGAGCAAAUGGACCAGUCAGGCAGCGAGUCAGACUGUAGCAUGGACACGAGUGAGGUCAGCCUCGACUGUGAGCGAAUGGAACAGACAGACUCUUGUGGUGGGAACAGCAAACAGAUAGAAAGCAACGUUUGACAGGAGCCUCUCCGUCCUUCCCAGGUCUGCUUACCUGUACAGUAUUUGCAUUCCACAGAUGGACCAGUUUUGGAGGAGCACUUUGGAAGGCCUUCCUGACAGUGUCCGAGGCCCUGUCUUUGUCCUCUUGCCUGGGUUGUUGUAGCCACCAGCCUGCAGGCUGGACCCUGGUGCAACAUCAUUUCCACUUGUUUUCCAGGAGUGUCUGCAUCGAAGAGUUACUUUCACUUUUCCUGCUGGGACUAAAGCAAUGUCAGAAUCCUGAUGUUUCCUGAGAGCUCCUCUAGAUGCCUGACACGGAAAGGGCAAGGGAGGCAAAGAGUUUCCCAGGUGUCUCAAAUAGUCCCCUUAUGGAAGGUCAUGAUAACAUCUGAGAAACAAAGGCAGGACCAGGAAGGAAGAGUCAAUGACUUGGAUUAACCUCAGGUCAAUACCGUGGUCUUGGGUCAGAAAUGACCAGACCAUGUCACAGGGGAUCCUGGGCAAUGAAUUUUCCAAUGAGUGAAUGUAGUGAGCAUCGAGUGGACCUCGUCCUUGGUCCUUUUGUAGCCCUAGAUGGACACACCAAGACGUGGCAAUGAAAAGCUGAUUUAAAAAGGAAAAAAAAAACCCUUCAGGAUGGUGGUGAUGGCUCUGUUUACAAGUACAAGACAGGGGAGAAAGGCUUGGGAGGCAAUUUACUCUUCCUUGACCUUUAGGGUUUGAGUUGGGUAUGUUGGAGUUGAAAUCAUGAAUCCAUUUUCCAUCUGGGAAACCACCCCACCCCCCAUCCUUCAUCUCUGCCUCAGGGCUUGCUCCGUUGUGGCCUCUGGCCCUGUGCUGUGACCAGAAUCGUCUUCGUGUUUCCCAGAUCCUGAUUCAGUUAAUUCUAAGUGAAUUCGAAUCAGGUCCCUCACACAGAUGGCCCACCAACUCAUGGAGGGCCAGAGACACUUGCCCUUUGUCGUCAUCGUCAUCCUCGAUUGGCAGGGCAAGGUGGGAUGUGAGCUUUAAGUAAGCAUGCUAAAUACACUGAAAUUCUCCCUUAGAGUGUAAAUAUUAAGGCUGAACACCAGCACUCGUAGUAAUAAUGCUAAGUUAUUGCCAAAAAUGGGUGGUUUUUUUUAUCUUAUGUGUCUUACAAGUUUACAAAAAAGAAAGGGGAUAAAUAUAAUGUGUCAAUUUACCUUGUACAUAUCUCAUGUGCAUUAAAGGAAUUUGUGUGACAAGAUAAUCAAUAUAAAAAAGCCCAAGGUAUAAGUACAUUAUUAUUUUAAAAAGAAACUAUUGUGCUCCGUUUUUCCCUGUAAAACCUAUUUCUGUAUUUAUAGUUUUUAAGGUGAAUUUUUUUUUCUAUUACAAGUUUAUUUAAAAGUGGUUCGUUUCUCAAGGGGAGCGGUGGAUGUGUUGAGUAACAGCCUACCACUAAUAAAAGCAGGCAGGAGGAAAGAGACUGUUUUGAAGAGCAAGAAAGGAAACCUCCUUUGAGGAGACCAUGGGCCCGGGCUGGCCAGAGUGUUGGGAAAAGAGGCGGCUCCUGGUUGGCCUGGGGAAAGGAAGGCAUGGAAGGCUGUGAUGAAGAAGAAUGUUUUUCUGUGUAAUGGCCUUAAACUUUUUUGGAAGCAUUUCAAAUAAAUUACAUUAAAUAGUCUUGUGGUUUUUUCA